CAAACCGCCGCCAACAAUGGUGUCCGCCGGCAAGAAGACGAAGAAGUCUCAUGAGAGCAUAAACAACCGGUUGGCUCUUGUGAUGAAGAGUGGGAAAUACACUCUUGGUUACAAGACCGUCCUCAAGACCCUCAGGAACUCCAAAGGUAAGUUGAUUUUGAUAUCUAACAACUGCCCACCUUUGAGGAAGUCAGAAAUUGAGUACUACGCCAUGCUUGCUAAAGUUGGCGUCCACCAUUACAAUGGAAACAAUGUUGAUCUGGGAACUGCGUGCGGAAAGUACUUCCGAGUGUCGUGCCUCAGCAUCGUUGACCCAGGUGACUCGGAUAUUAUCAAAUCUUUGCCCGGAGAUCACUGACAUUGACAAAGUGAUAAUAUUACCAUAGAACAAGUAGAAGAAUGAUUUCUUGGGGUUGUGAGGAUUUCUUUCCCUGUCAAAAAUUUUGCCUUGUCUACCCAAAUGUGUUAGAAAAUUAUUCUCUCCGAGUGUUGUGCCUUUCUAAGACUUGAUGAGAUCCUCAUUUUGUACGUUUAUCUUUGCUCAUAUAUGUGAAGUUUCACUAACAUUUGCACCCUUCUUGCAUUUGUCCUGGUUUUCCUGUUGAUGAAUGUCCCACGGUGGUUCGUUCCUCCACCGGUGUAGUAA